UCAAUCUUUCUAACAUGUUAUAGAAUGUUUCCAAAUACAGAAAGCAUCACUUAGUAGUCGGAUUAUUUGUCCACCCAAUUAAUAGUGUCAACAAUUAGCUUGCUAACUACCCAUUAGACGCUGACAUAGCAAGCGCGUUUGUUUAUAUUCAAGACGCUGUGUGUGUUGUGAAUUAGCAUAUUAGUUAUCAAGACAAUAUCAGGCAACCUGGACCACUAGCUAGUAAUGUAGCAUGGCUAGCUCGGCCGUUUGUUAGGUAGCCAAUGAGGCUAGCUAGCUAACUUCAUUUCAGUAAUAAUCAAAUCAUUAGUAAUUUACUGAUUAAAAAAAAUCAAAUGUCCGUUUUAGGUCUCGUUUACUGUAAACUAUAUUCCUCGUAAUUUAGCCAUCUAACUAGAUAUCGCCCCUUGCUCGUGGGAAAGGUGACAGUAAAAUGCGUCAGUAAGCUAAAGCUAUAACUCUUCUGUGUAAAUGAACUGAGAUUCGUGAUUAAGUGCUGGUCAGUAAGCUAAACCAAUAAUAGCUCCGCAUGACUAUAGUUGUUUGGCGUCAAAUCCGUUUCAAAAAUCGAACAGGCGUUGAAACAUCAUUUCGUGAACAAACACUUGAGUCAACAGAGAAUAACUGUGGCCCUGUAAGCACAAAUUAAACUUGAUCUUGCCAGUGUGACUUCGAGCACCACUGCGUUUCUGCAGGCAGGAAAUUAAUUCCAGAGCAGAGAGGUGUUCAUCUGAAUAAAUACUUACUACAUGAAGAGUCAGAAAUGACUGCACUCUCACAAAUAACCCACCUCCCCACAUGGACGUCCUUUCUCCCUCACACCAAAUGUUUUAAUUCAAUUUAACGGUUGUCCAGUUUGCUCUUCCAACUGCUUACUAUAAUUUUCAACGGAGCCUGUAGUAGUUUACUGGAACACAAUAAGGUAAUGUUUUUGGAUCAAUUACGGCUUGACUGCUCUCCAACCAGAUUUUUUUUACAAUAAAGAGGAAAUGGGAAGGUGAAAAGUGACGAUAUUGAGGCUAAUGAUGAGGCAAGCUAGUUUGUCAGCUUGCCAGGAAGCUAAUUAACCAUGAAGCAAAAGCCAAGCCUUCCAUGUCUGAACAGAAGUCCACAGAGUCCCCGGGUUCUGACUGUGGUGUUCCAGCCCAGAGAAGCUCACAGCAGGGUCCAGAGAUGGUGUCAGUGAAGCUGGAGGAUUGCAGUCAAACACUGGAACUGAAUGUGAUUGUGAUCGGGGAAGAGAGAGAACUUCAAGUAGAAGAUCAGAAGGUAGAAGUUAAAGAAGAAGAAGAAGAAAAGGUGGUGGAGGAAAAGAGAGCAGUCAAAGAGGAGGAGAUGGAUGUUAAAGAGGACCAUAAGGAGAUAGAGAUUAAACAGGAGGUGGAGGAGAAGAGAGCGGUCAAAGAGGAGGAGAUGGAUGUUAAAGAGGACCAUAAGGAGAUAGAGAUUAAACAGGAGGUGGAGGAGAAGAGAGCGGUCAAAGAGGAGGAGAUGGAUGUUAAAGAGGACCAUAAGGAGAUAGAGAUUAAACAGGAGGUGGAGGAGAAGAGAGCGGUCAAAGAGGAGGAGAUGGAUGUUAAAGAGGACCAUAAGGAGAUAGAGAUUAAACAGGAGGUGGAGGAAAAGAGAGCAGUCAAAGAGGAGGAGAUGGAUGUUAAAGAGGACCAUAAGGAGAUAGAGAUUAAACAGGAGGUGGAGGAGAAGAGAGCGGUCAAAGAGGAGGAGAUGGAUAUUGAAAAGGAACACAAGGAUACAGAAGUCAAAGAAGAGCUGGAGGAGAACGCAGUCAUCAAGGAGAUGGAGGAGAGAGGUGUGAAAGAGGAUGAGGAGACAGAAGUCAAAAAGGAGAGAGGACUAGAAGAACAACAGGAGAGAGAAGUCAAAGAAGAAGAAGAAGAAGAAGAGGAGAACAGGGGCAUGUCUGAUCCAGACCUAGAGGAAGAGGAGGCAGCAUUAGAUAGUAUCACUGACCCAGGAGAGCGCUCCAACCCAGGUUCAGACAGUGAGCCCAGUUCCACAGCAUCAGGAAAGCAUCAACAACACCAACGGAGGAACUCAAGACAGAAACAUCACCACUGCAUGGACUGCUUCACUAGUUUCUAUGAUCCAGAGGAGUUGAGAAGGCACACUUGUAGGCCCCACCCCUGCUCAGAUUGCAGAGGCAGUUCCGUGUGUCCAACUCACAUCAUACCAUGCAAAAAGACUAUCAAAAGAAAGAAGACUUACCCCUGUGGUCAAUGUGGGAAGAGUUUUCAGGCACCAAGCAAACUAAAGAAACACCAGAUAACUCACACAGGAGAGAAGCCUUUCCACUGCUCUGUUUGUGGAAAGAGUUUUCCUCUUUCACAGACCUUAAAUAGACACCAGCUGAUCCACACAGGAGAGAAGCCUAUCCACUGCUCCCAAUGUGGGAAGGGCUUUAAGCGACCCGAUUCCCUGAAAAAUCAUCUUAGAAUACACACGGGAGAAAAGCCUUUCCACUGCUCUCAAUGUGGGAAAAGUUUCAGUCAUUCAAACUACUUAAAGAGACAUCAGCGAACUCACACAGGAGAGAAGCCUUACCACUGCUCCCAGUGUGGGAAGCGUUUCAAUCAGUCUUCAGAUCUAAAGAUACACCAGCGAACUCACACAGGAGAGAAGCCUCACAAAUGUUUUCAGUGUGGAAAGAGUUUUAGUCAUUCAAGCUACUUAAAGACACACCAGCGAACUCACACAGGAGAGAAGCCUUACCACUGCCUUCAGUGUGGGAAGAGUUUCAAUCAGUCUUCAGAUCUAAAGACACACCAGCGAACUCAUACAGGAGAGAAGCCUUAUCACUGCUCUCAGUGUGAAAAGAGUUUCAGUCAGUUUUCAAGUCUGAAGACACACCAGCUAACUCACACAGAAAAUAGGUCAUACCACUGCUCCCAUUGUGGAAAGGUUUUCAGUCUGUUGCACCACCUAAAUAGACACCAGCAAACUCACAAAGGAGAAAAGACACACCAAUGCUCUCAAUGUAGGAAAAGUUUCAGUCAGUCAUCAAAUCUGAAGACACACCAGUUAAAGUAUCACAGCCCUGACAACGGACAAAGUUCUCUUGCUUUAGAAGAAAGUCAACUUCAAACCACAGAAGUAAAACACAUGUAAACAUGUCUUAUGAUGUUAAAGGAGCAGAGCAGUUUUAAUAAGGUUGAAAUAACACUUUUAAAAAUAUAUAUAUUUUGCCUGGAUUUUCAGCCUAUUUAGGUGGGAUAGAGUUUUUGGCCCAGCGUGUGACAUCACAAUCUGAUCUGACCAAUCAUAUUUUAUUUGCAUAUGUAUCCUCUUAUAUUGAAGAGGUAAGUGGGGUAGGCUCUAGUGCAGGGUUCCCCAACUGGCUGCCCGCGGGUGGUUUUGAUUGGCCCCCCAAGUUUUCUGGUAAAAAAAAUCUAAUAAUGUAUCAUUUUUUAUGGACCCUCUAUUUCUGAAACUAUCCGCCGCCAUUGUCGCAACCCCUAUUACCAGCCUGUUCAACCUCUUUCAUAUCGUCUGAGAUCCCCAAGGAUUGGAAAGCUGCCGCAGUCAUCCCCCUCUUCAAAGGGGGAGACACCCUGGACCCAAACUGUUACAGACCUAUAUCCAUCCUGCCCUGCCUAUCUAAGGUCUUCGAAAGCCAAGUCAACAAACAGGUCACUGACCAUCUCGAAUCCCACCGUACCUUCUCCGCUGUGCAAUCUGGUUUCCGAGCCGGUCACGGGUGCACCUCAGCCACGCUCAAAGUACUAAACGAUAUCAUAACCGCCAUCGAUAAAAGACAGUACUGUGCAGCCGUCUUCAUCAACCUUGCCAAGGCUUUCGACUCGGUCAAUCACCAUAUUCUUAUCGGCAGACUCAGUAGCCUCGGUUUUUCGGAUGACUGCCUUGCCUGGUUCACCAAUUACUUUGCAGACAGAGUUCAGUGUGUCAAAUCGGAGGGCAUGCUGUCCGGUCCUCUGGCAGUCUCUAUGGGCGUGCCACAGGGUUCAAUCCUCGGGCCGACUCUUUUUUCUGUAUAUAUCAAUGAUGUUGCUCUUGCUGCGGGCGAUUCCCUGAUCCACCUCUAUAUAGACGACACCAUUCUAUAUACUUCUGGCCCGUCCUUGGACACUGUGCUAUCUAACCUCCAAACUAGCUUCAAUGCCAUACAACACUCCUUCCGUGGCCUCCAACUGCUCUUAAACGCUAGUGAAACCAAUUGCAUGCUUUUCAACCGUUCGCUGCCUGACCAGCAUCACCACCCUGGAUGGUUCCAACCUUGAAUAUGUGGACAUCUAUAAGUACCUAGGUGUCUGGCUAGACUGUAAACUCUCCUUUCAGACUUAUAUCAAACAUCUCCAAUCGAAAAUCAAAUCAAGAGUCGGCUUUCUAUUCCGCAACAAAGCCUCCUUCACUCACGCCGCCAAACUUACCCUAGUAAAACUGACUAUCCUACCGAUCCUCGACUUCGGCGAUGUCAUCUACAAAAUUGCUUCCAACACUCUACUCAGCAAACUGGAUGCAGUUUAUCACAGUGCCAUCCGUUUUGUCACUAAAGCACCUUAUACCACCCACCACUGCGACUUGUAUGCCCUAGUCUGCUGGCCCUCGCUACAUAUUCGUCGCCAGACCCACUGGCUCCAGGUCAUCUACAAGUCCAUGCUAGGUAAAGCUCCGCCUUAUCUCAGUUCACUGGUCACGAUGGCAACACCCAUCCGUAGCACGCGCUCCAGCAGGUGUAUCUCACUGAUCAUCCCUAAAGCCAAUAACUCAUUUGGCCGCCUUUCGUUUCAGUUCUCUGCUGCCUGUGACUGGAACGAAUUGCAAAAAUCGCUGAAGUUGGAGACUUAUCUCCCUCACCAACUUCAAAUAUCUGCUAUCUGAGCAGCUAACCGAUCGCUGCAGCUGUACAUAGUCUAUUGGUAAAUAGCCCACCCAUUUUUACCUACCUCAUCCCCAUAAUGUUUUUAUUUAUUUACUUUUCUGCUCUUUUGCACACCAAUAUCUCUACCUGUACAUGACCAUCUGAUCAUUUAUCACUCCAGUGUUAAUCUGCAAAAUUGUAAUUAUUCGCCUACCUCAUGCCUUUUGCACACAAUGUAUAUAGACUUUUUUCCUACUGUGUUAUUGACUUGUUAAUUGUUUACUCCAUGUGUAACUCUGUUGUCUGUUCACACUGCUAUGCUUUAUCUUGGCCAGGUCGCAGUUGCAAAUGAGAACUUGUUCUCAACUAGCCUACCUGGUUAAAUAAAGGUGAAAUAAAAAAGAAAAAUUAAAGACUUUUAAACACCUGCCAAUCAGCUCCAAGUGAUUUGAAUUUUGAAAAUCUGUUCCCACGCAUAAGAUACAUAUAUAUAUGUGAUCAUAUACAAAUGUAAGCAAGGUUUGAAAUUGUUUUAAUAAAAUGUUA